GGUCUUCCCCUUUUCUCCCACUUCCCCAUUCAUUCUAUUCAUCGAGGCUAUUCACACAUCCACUCUCUCUAUCUCAUCGUCUUACCCCUCGCAGGUUCUUCACAGCCAUGACAGCAAGAAGAAUCUACUUCAUCGCGGCCCUGAUCUUCUUCUUGGUCCUCAUCGCAUCGCGCCGCUCCACCAACCAUCCCGAGAACAAUGAUUCGCGCAAGGUCGACCAUUCACAGGGACUAACUGGUGGAAGACAACCCAACCAAGGCGGAAGAUAUGGAGGCCAGGACGAAGCUCACAUACCGCCAGCAGAGGCUGAUAUCACUUACAAGCAGUCGCAAUUGCCCAACACCUCCAAGCAAUACGACACCCUUAUCGUUAUCCCUUCCAGUUGGACUCAGAUACAGAGUCGCCGAUGGGUGCGUGAUACAAUUUUUGGGAUCAGGAACAACUUGGAACCCUGCAAAAAGUACGAUGGCCGAAUCAUCUACAAGUUCUAUAUCCAUGGCCGUACGACAUGGUUGAAAUCUGGAAUUCAUACCGCCCAGUUUAUGCAGGCUCAAGUCCGGGAUCUCUAUGGCGAGUUCAUGGAGUUCAACGAUUGGGAAUUCAGGAACGCUACGGUCACUGACCGAUAUAGUAUCUGGGGCGAUGCAUUGGAUUGGGCUGUCAACACAUUUGUCCCAAGCGAAAAAAUCAAGGUGGAUAAAGUCCUGAUUUUCGACUCGACUACGCUCGUCAACCUUCCAAAGCUGGAGGAAACCGCCAAACAAUCCGUCAGUCCCAAUGGGUUCGUUCGCAUUUGGGGCGAGUCAACAACCCCGUUCGCAGCCAUGAUCAGCUUCCAGGUUCUGGAGCAGAUCCUAAAGAACCGUGACGCCAUCAAGGAGAACCGCGAACUCUUCGACCUCGUUACGGCAGCGACCUUGUACUACACCAGUCCACCGCCCGCCUUUAAGAUCAUCAAAUCCGAGGGGCUGUUGUGGGAAAGUGAUAUUGAACAGAUUCAUGCAACAACUUUUGUCGUCGGACAGAUCUUCCAGCAGGAGGAUUGGGUGCCCGUUGCAGAGAAGCUGAUUAUCCAGCCCACAAAGGCCUGCGCUGUAGAUAUGAGGCGCAAGGAGAACAUUGCAGUGUUGACCUCGUCCUACAUCUACGUCGACAUGUGCAUGGCAGAGGCAUCGCUUCUCUCGGCCGAGAACAAGCGGACAUAUGCGACUAAGCACGGAUAUGAUUUUGUCGCCCGCGGAGGAGAAUUUGCACAGGAGGAAUUCCGACAUCGCAGAUUGGUUUGGGGCAAGAUUGGAGCUAUUCAGAAGGUGUUACCACAUUACGAGUGGCUCCUCUGGAUGGACAUGGAUGCCGUGGUAGCAAACUUUGAGCAGGAUGCGAGGGCGAUUAUUCGACGUGCAGAAGAGUUGUACGAGAAGGAUGGGGUUGAGAUCAGCCUGAUUGUGUCGAGACCGCUCAAGGACAAGAUGCUGAACGCCGGUGUGAUGCUGAUCAAGAACACGGAAUGGAGUCGUCGGUUCUGGAACGAGGUUCAAAGACGCAAGGAAUGGUAUAACAGAGGGCCGAGUUAUGAACAAGGAGCCAUUUGGGAGGUUAUGCAGGAACCACAAUGGGCUUCUGGAGUUCAUCUUUUCGACCGAGACGAUCAUACUAUGAAUUCGUUCCCGAAAUACUACGAGCAGGGUGACUUUAUCAUCCAUUUCGCACCUGCAGGAUGUCCCGCUGUGCCAGUACUGAAAGCUCUGCGUAAGCUCAAGGAGGGCAAGAGCGUCGUUGGCAUCGGCAUCUAAAAAAGAGAGACACCUCACCAAAAGGACAAGUGGUCAACUGAAAUAUUAUGGGCAAUAGAGUCGCAGUUAUACAGUUAUAAAUUUCAUAAACUCAAUUCAUCAAUUCAAUUCCUCAACUCUAUUUCCUCUUCAUUCCACAAGCAUGGAUGUGUAACAUGCCUCUCGAUUGUAGCCAGGUGUUUGAAAAAUAGUUCACGCG